AUGACACCCCCAGCAUCGCCGCCGCGGGAAGUUCAAGCAUCGUCCUCUUCGUCCACCUCUCGCCUACGUCCACCAAAGAGUCCACCGCUUGCCUUUUCCAAGACGUCCAACGAUUCUCUGUACGCGCCAAUCCUUGCGCCCUCACCACAACCUCCCCCGCAAACACGCAUUCGCGGGCCGUCACCGUCGCCGUCCCCAUCCUCCAACAGCAUGGGUCUGGUCAGUCCGCCCACGGCGGGCGAGCGGGAGCUGCAGGUGAUUGUAGACCGACAAUCCAAUGCGCUGUCGAAGAUGUACGAGGCAUUCCAGGCCGAGCGGGACUGUUGGUUGUUGGAGAAGCAGCGCUUGCACAGCCGCAUAGGCGCAUUGGAGCAGUUGCUGAAGAGCAGUGAUCAUUGGAGCCCCGCCAAAUCACCCACCGAUACCCCCGGUACAGGAGCAUCGGCCUCAGCGUCGGCCUCACCGCCCCCACACGUACGCGCUCUCCCCGGCGGACUGGCGCUGCCGACGAUCAAUGAAAACCGCAACCACGUUCCGCUGUCCCUACGACGCGAGUGCGCUCCUCUAUCGUUGGGCACCGCCAUGGAUUCAAUCCCCGAGGUGGAUUCCCGCAGACAGAGCGCCGUCUACACCGACUCCGACGGCUUUCUCGUGCAAGCCAUUGAACCCACCGCACGUCUUGCAGGCCUCUCUCCACCUCCUCCCAACAACCGCAUGCUAGCAGGCCACACGCCAGUGAGGGUGCCUAGGAGGCCGACUCCUCCACCGGCGAGCAUGACACUGGAAGGCGUCGAGGACMCACCAACCCGUAACAACACACACAUCAACACUUUGCUCUCCAGAAGCCACAGCAACGACGAGGACGAGGCGUUGAAGGGACCGCUGAAUAUGCCCGAGCUGCCCCACAAGCCCGACGAGACCAACUUCACCUUUGAGGCAUUGAGCAGGAAACUCUCGAUGAUCGAGAACGACCCYGAAAGUCGCGAUAGCAAACCCUUGGUCUUUGCACAGCCCAGUCCCGGCUUGGCCUCACCCGCGAACGGACCGGCGCAGACGAGCUCCAACUUGAGUCCUCGCUCGAGAAGAAGACGCUCCGAGGCAACCGCAGCACCCGCUGCCACGGCUCUCCCCCCUUCAAACCUCAGCUCCAACAUGAGUCCGCCUGCCUCCGAUCCCUCCACCAAAGGAGUCAUGUCACCGCAGGAGGCCCACGAAGCCAAAGUCCACAGCGAGUUCGAGCAAGGCGGCAUUCGCUUGAAGAAGAAGUCGAGCACCAACUUUGGCGCACCCUUUGGGUCAAUGGCUUUUGGACGGAAGAUGUCCUAG